UGCUCAUGUUAUGUUACCAUUAUCCCCCAUCAGACGCUACUGCUUUAUGACCCGAAGCUUGUUGAAGCCUGCUAGAAACCAAGUCUUUAAAUGCUUUUUGCAAAAUUCUUCUAGUCUAGGCGGCUCAAGUUUCUUAACAAAUACUAGAUUCAUAUUUUAUUCUUGGUCUUCGUCCCCCACCAAACAGUCCCAAAAGAUGGAUGCAUUCAUCUUCCUCUUCCUCUUGUGUGUUUUCUGCUUCCAAAGUAAGGUGACCUAUUCAACAAAGUGCGGAGAUGCAGGCCCUGAAAUCCACUAUCCAUAUCAGAUAAAAGGUCAGCAGCAACAACAGAAUGAUGCCCUUUCUGGUUUUGAGCUUCUUUGCAAAGACAACCUCACCACUAUCCACUUUCCAUCUUAUGGGAAUUUGGUAGUUAAGUCCAUUUCCUAUGACACCAAAAACAUUCACCUCCUUGACCCCAACAACUGUGCCCAUCGUGUCUUUCUCAACCUCAACCUCUCCCUCACACCGUUCCACUAUUUUUAUGUUCUGAAAAACUACACGUACCUCAAUUGCUCCACCACCCUUCCACGUCCUUUCGUGGAGGUUCCGUGUUUAAGUGCUUCGAGCUAUCAUGUGUACACAGUUGACCCUGCUGUGCCUGUGCCGGGUUCAUGUGAAGGAGUCAAAACCGUAGCCAUUCCUUUUGCGUAUAGCCCUUAUCUCUCAGACAAAAGUCUUGGUCUUAGAUUAACAUGGCACUUGCGUGAACUUGAAGGCAACGAAGCAGUAAACCUGAAUAGAAGUUCCCACAAAUCGCGUAAUAUAGUUAUAGGCUUUAGCAUCUGUGUUUUCGUGAUGGCCAUGCUAUUGCUUAUAAGCAUAAAGGUUCGUGGUGCCACGAGGAAUCUCCAUCAGAAAGAAGAACAGUUAUUGCAGAGCUAGACGGAUUUCUAGCUCAACAGUAAUAGAUAGGCUUUUUCAACAACAUUCCUAUAGUUACGUAAUACUUAUAUUUCUCUUCUACCUCUACUUUGUGUUUUUUCUCCCUCUUUUCCUGUAACAUGACGUUACCUGUUACAUUUUUCACUUAAAUAUGUUUUCUUCUUAUCUCACGUUAGGUGAAACCUAGUGAGUAUAUGAAUAUUGAAUUUGUUAAGUUGUUAUAUAAUAUUACUAGCGAGGAAAAGCAGGCAAGUAGAGUUUUUGCGCAAGUAAAUAAUAGAAUAGUUUCUUA